GGAUUAAGAGGGAUGGCGAGGUUGGUGUGCUAUGCUUGGCUACUAGGUAUGGUAUCCCAGGUAUGGAGAAGAGACGGAGAGCAGGGGUUCUUGUUGCAUAUCUUAAGGUAUCGUCGACACUCAGCUUUGGGAUUUAGCAUCACGUGCCAGUGUACGGGUGAGAGGAGAGGGGGUUUUGUUGCACGUCGCACCACUGCCAAGCGUCGGGGUGUUGAAAGUCGUUUUGAUGAUGUGGCUGUGGGAUUGAGCAUCACGUGCAAGUACUUGUGAUGUGGUGAGA